GGCGGCGGCUGCCGGCCCUUCUUUCCCCGCCCUCCGCCUCUCGCGCUCCGGGUUGGUUCCCGCCCCGCCCCGCCCCAGCACGACGCGCGUCCCAGGCCGGCGGUCGUCGCCGCCGCAUGCCGCAGCCGGAGCCGGUCUCCCCUCCCUCCCUCCCGCUCGCGCCCGCCAUGGAGACAUGAGCCCCGCCGCCGCCCGCCUCUGAGAUGGCCCGGGCAGGAAACUAGCCGCGCCGCCAGCAUGGGGUUCUGAUGGGCCGGAGGCUGGCCCGCCCCGACCGGGAACCCGACAGCUCUGCGGGGGGGGGGGGAGGUAGCUGUAUCCAGUUGGGUGGUAGGCGGAUCCAAGGAUUAUCAUGAAGUUUUCGGGGUCCCUGGAGAGCCAGAGAUUGUGUCUCCUCCUGGAGAUGGCAAUCUCUAGAGAAGCUCAGAUGUGGAAAGUGCAUGUGCCCAAAAUUGAGCCCAAUCAGGAUAUAGCCAUUUCUCCAGCACAGCGGGAUGAGGUGAUUCAGUGGCUGGCCAAACUCAAGUACCAGUUCCACCUUUAUCCAGAAACACUUGCCCUGGCCGUCAGUCUCUUGGACCGGUUUUUAGCCACGGUAAAGGCCCGUCCAAAGUACUUGAAUUGUAUUGCGAUCAGCUGCUUCUUCCUUGCUGCCAAAACCGUUGAGGAAGAUGAGAGGGUUCCAGUACUGAAGGUGUUGGCCAGAGACAGCUUUUGCGGCUGUUCUCCAGCUGAAAUUCGCAGAAUGGAGAAGAUUAUUCUGGAUAAACUGCACUGGGAUCUUCACAUGGCUACGCCACUGGAUUUCCUUCAUAUUUUCCAUGCAGUUGCUGUGUCAACCAGGCCUCAGUUACUUACCGUCCUGCCCAAGAUGAACCCAUCUCAGCAUGUGGCUGUUCUCACCAAGCAGUUACUGCACUGUAUGGCCUGUUACCAGCUGCUGCAGUUCAAGGGGUCCAUGCUGGCGCUGGCCAUCAUCAGUCUGGAACUGGAGAAGCUGAUUCCUGAUUGGCUCGCGCUCAUCAUUGAACUGCUCCAGAAAGCACAGAUGGACAGCUCCCAGCUGAUCCACUGUCGGGAGCUUGUGGCCCGUCACCUUUCCACUCUGCAGUCUGCUCUGCCACCCAAUUCUGUAUACGUCUACAGUCCCCUCAAGCAUACCCUUGUGACCUGUAACAGAGGAGCGUUCAGAUUCAACUCCUCCUCUGUCCCAGGGCCAGAAUUCUCCAAGGACAACAGCCGACCAGAAGUGCCAAUCAAAGGUACAGCCGGAUUCUAUCAGUGUCUGCCAGCUCCCCCUGGGUGCAAGCAAGCCUCCACCAAACGCAAAGUGGAAGAGAUGGAAGUGGAUGACUUCUACGAUGGAAUCAAGCGGCUCUACAAUGAAGAUAGUGCUCCAGAAGUGGUGGCGCUAGAAAACGUGGGGUCUGUUUGUGGUGCUGAUGUGUCGAGGCAAGAGGGCAACCGUUCCCCUUGCCCACCUUUACAGCCGGUCUCUGUUAUGUAGCUACCGCCUGCGCAAGCGUUCAGAGGAAAGCUACUUUUUAAACCAUGCAAAAUCGGGCUAUGAUGUGGGAGGGGGUUGGGAAAGAAGCUGUAUCUCAUCAGGCUGAAGUGAAGAGAGCCAUGAAAACCUUUUUUUUUUUUUUAAGAUUUCCCCCCCCUUUAUGUGACUAAUUAUAGUUCAACUAUUAUUUAAGCACUUAAAAACACAAAAAAGUAUAAAAAAUCUACAAAAGACCCAAAAAACAAAAAAAGUAGCAAAAAAAAUUUUUUUCUUUCUUUCUAGUGUCAUUGGUUCCCCUGUUUGUCUGCUACUGUGUAUUAUAAUCCAUCAUCCAUGUCCAAGAGCUCACAUUGAUUGUGCAAAAUUGUUCCAGGUUUUUCAGCCAUCCCAUUUCUUUCUGUUCUGAUUUCCUCUUCCUGCUUGCUCUUCCUUUAACACUCUGCAAGUCUUGUGUAUGAUUCUCUGUACUCUGACCUUCACCACAGAUUUUUUUUUUUUUUCCUUAACCAAAAAUCCUUCUUUAUUUCAUUAGCCACUUUGGUGUCUUAAUGUAAGAAUAUUUCAAACUGGCUUUAAAUAAAAGAUUUGG